CCUCCUCAAUAUUCCAUUACAACAUCCAAUUGUUGCCUCAUUGGCCAACAAGAAGAUGGAUAUAAUACUAUGCAUCAAUCUUCAUUUUAUUUAAGGCAUUUUGUCAAACAGCUUGUAGUCUAUGUGCCACAAGCUGACAAGCCCAAGAUAGAGACGUUUUUGCUUGUUUUUUGUGUUUGAAAAAGUCUAGGUGUUAGCACAAAUUCAUUCAUCUGGAGUGAAUUAUGGAGAUUGGGAAGGUGGGGGUGUUGGUGGUUCUGGUGGUGCUUGUGGGUUUGUCUGGCUGGUCAUCUGCUUCUGAUCACCAGCACAAGAGGAAGAAAGCAGUUUUUCCUGAACCAGCAGCAUCAUCAUCGUUGAUCAAUAUUAUUCAGUCUUCAGUUGUGUUUCCACUUUAUGGGAAUGUUUACCCUUUGGGGUAUUACUAUGUUUCUCUCAGCAUAGGUCAACCACCGAAGCCCUACUUUCUUGAUCCAGACACCGGUAGCGACCUUUCUUGGCUCCAAUGCGAUGCUCCCUGUGUCCGUUGCACUAAGGCGCCUCACCCACUUUACCGGCCCAACAAUAAUCUAGUGAUCUGUAAGGACCCCAUGUGUGCUUCACUUCACCCUCCUGGCUACAAAUGUGAGCAUCCAGAGCAAUGUGACUACAAAGUUGAUUAUGCAGAUGAUGGUUCGUCAUUGGGUGUCCUUGUGAAAGAUGCCUUUCCACUCAAUUUCACUAAUGGACUCCGACUUGCUCCUCGUCUAGCCCUUGGAUGUGGAUAUGAUCAAAUUCCAGGUCGAUCAUAUCAUCCUCUAGAUGGAGUACUUGGCCUUGGCAAGGGAAAAUCUAGCAUUGUGUCACAGCUCCAUAGUCAGGGUGUAAUACGAAAUGUGGUUGGCCACUGUGUAAGUAGCCGUGGUGGAGGAUUUCUCUUUUUGGGGGAUGACCUCUAUGACUCAUCACGUGUGGUUUGGACACCAAUGUUACGUGACCAACACACUCAUUAUUCAUCUGGAUAUGCGGAACUUAUUUUGGGUGGAAAAACAACCGUGUUUAAGAAUCUUCUAGUAACUUUUGACAGUGGAAGCUCUUACACCUACCUCAAUUCCCUGGCUUAUCAAGCUUUAGUCCAUUUGGUAAGGAAAGAAUUAUCAGAAAAGCCUGUAAGAGAGGCACUAGAUGAUGAAACACUCCCACUCUGCUGGAGAGGCAAGAGACCGUUCAAAAGCGUUCGUGAUGUCAGGAAAUUCUUCAAGCCCUUAGCAUUGAGCUUUCCAGGUGGUGGGAGAACUAAAACCCAGUAUGACAUUCCCCUUGAAUCAUAUCUUAUAAUCUCAUUGAAGGGAAAUGUUUGUUUGGGAAUUCUAAAUGGCACUGAAGCAGGACUUCAAGAUUUCAAUCUCAUAGGAGACAUAUCAAUGCAAGAUAAACUGGUGGUUUACGACAAUGAAAAGAACCAGAUUGGAUGGGCGCCCACAAAUUGUGAUCGGCUUCCCAAGUUUAAAGCUGCAAUCUUAUGAGAAUCACCCAUGGAUUGAAUCAUUCUUGUGGAUCCAUUCUUGAUUCUCCUGCAGAAAAGCUCUUAUGCUGUAAAAUAAAGGAGGGGAAUUGUUGUUGUAUGGUAUGUGUAAAUUCACUGGUACUAGGUAAAAGAUGUAAAGGGGUAUACCCUGAAUCAUAGUCCUGGAAAUAUUUAUAUAAAUAUAGUGGAUGUUUUACAAUAACAAUAAACCAUGUAGUACUACUUUGGAUCUA